CGGGGCGAGGCGGGGCGCCGGGGGGAGCGACACUGAGACGCCAUUUUCGGCGGCGGGAGCGGCGCAGGCGGCCGAGCGGUACUGGCUAGGUCGGCUGGGCUGCUGGUGCGAGGAGCCGCGGGACUGUGCUCGGCGGCCAAGGGGACAGCGCGUGGGUCGCCAAGGAUGCUGCGGGGCGGCUGCUCCGGCGCCCCUCGCUGGUGACUGCUGCGCCGUGCCUCACACAGCCGAGGCGGGCUUGGCGCACAGUCGCUGCUCCGCGCGCGCGCCCGGCGGCGCUCCAGGUGCUGACAGCGCGAGAGAGCGCGGCCCUCAGGAGCAAGGCGAAUGUAUGACAACAUGUCCACAAUGGUGUACAUAAAGGAAGACAAGUUGGAGAAGCUUACACAGGAUGAAAUUAUUUCUAAGACAAAGCAAGUAAUUCAGGGGCUGGAGGCUUUGAAGAAUGAGCACAAUUCCAUUUUACAAAGUUUGCUGGAGACACUGAAGUGUUUGAAGAAAGAUGAUGAAAGUAACUUGGUGGAGGAGAAAUCAAACAUGAUCCGGAAGUCACUGGAGAUGUUGGAGCUCGGCCUGAGUGAGGCACAGGUUAUGAUGGCUUUGUCAAAUCACCUGAAUGCUGUGGAGUCCGAGAAGCAGAAACUGCGUGCGCAGGUUCGUCGUCUGUGCCAGGAGAAUCAGUGGCUACGGGAUGAACUGGCCAACACGCAGCAGAAACUGCAGAAGAGUGAGCAGUCUGUGGCUCAACUGGAGGAGGAGAAGAAGCAUCUGGAGUUUAUGAAUCAGCUAAAAAAAUAUGAUGACGACAUUUCCCCAUCCGAGGACAAAGACACUGAUUCUACCAAAGAGCCUCUGGAUGACCUUUUCCCCAAUGAUGAAGACGACCCAGGGCAAGGAAUCCAGCAGCAGCACAGCAGUGCAGCCGCGGCUGCCCAGCAGGGCGGCUACGAGAUCCCCGCGCGGCUGCGGACGCUCCACAACCUGGUGAUCCAGUAUGCCUCGCAGGGGCGCUACGAGGUAGCUGUGCCCCUCUGCAAGCAGGCCCUGGAGGACCUGGAGAAGACUUCAGGACACGACCACCCGGACGUGGCCACCAUGCUCAACAUCCUGGCCUUGGUGUACAGGGAUCAGAAUAAAUACAAAGAUGCAGCUAACCUACUGAAUGAUGCCUUGGCUAUUCGUGAGAAAACUUUGGGCAAAGAUCAUCCUGCGGUGGCGGCGACUUUGAAUAACCUUGCAGUCCUUUAUGGUAAAAGAGGGAAGUACAAAGAAGCAGAGCCGUUGUGUAAAAGAGCUCUGGAAAUCCGAGAAAAGGUUUUGGGGAAGGAUCACCCCGAUGUUGCCAAGCAGUUAAAUAACUUGGCCUUACUGUGCCAGAACCAGGGCAAGUAUGAAGAAGUAGAAUAUUAUUAUCAAAGAGCCCUCGAGAUCUACCAGACAAAACUGGGACCUGAUGACCCCAACGUGGCUAAGACGAAAAAUAACCUGGCAUCCUGCUAUUUGAAACAAGGAAAGUUCAAGCAAGCAGAAACACUGUACAAAGAGAUUCUCACUCGUGCACAUGAAAGGGAGUUUGGUUCUGUAGAUGAUGAAAAUAAACCCAUCUGGAUGCAUGCUGAAGAAAGAGAAGAAUGCAAAGGAAAGCAAAAGGAUGGGACAUCUUUUGGAGAGUAUGGCGGCUGGUACAAAGCCUGCAAAGUUGAUAGUCCAACUGUUACAACCACUCUAAAAAACCUUGGGGCACUUUACAGACGUCAAGGCAAAUUUGAAGCUGCAGAAACAUUAGAAGAAGCUGCUAUGAGAUCUCGUAAACAGCGAAGUAUCUCAGAAAUACCUAAGAAAAUCUUAAGUGCUAAUGGGUCAAACCAUUUUCCCCUGCCUGGCUCACAGGGUCUUGACAAUGUUCACAAACAGAGGGUGGCAGAAGUGCUCAAUGACCCUGAGAACAUGGAGAAGCGCAGGAGCCGUGAGAGCCUCAACGUGGACGUGGUCAAGUACGAGAGUGGCCCUGACGGAGGGGAGGAAGUGAGUAUGAGCGUAGAGUGGAACGGGAUGAGAAAAAUGAAGCUCGGGCUGGUUAAAUGACUUGCUCAGCGUCCCAUGGUGAGUCCGAGCGGGCGGGGCGCAGGCCCUGCCGUCUGAUGCUUCUGUCGAGACGUCGGCUUUCCAAUCUGGCAGGACCCAGGACGCAUUGCUGCCUGUGGAAAUUAAUUUUCUUUUGGAUUAUCAACUGCAUGUUUAAAAUGGGCUGUAGACUUUUAAAGUCCGUGGUUUCCUAAAGUUUCUGAAAUGUCUAAAAUGUGUUUUUAAGAGAAUGAAAGUCAUACCUGUAGCCUUUAUUUUGGUCCCUGUGUUUUUCAUCGCAUAAUCUCCUUAUGUACAGUUACUUGUAAAGCCUUUUACACCGAGUGUCAAGGAGAUUUCUAAUACGUUGCCAGUCUUUACACUUAAAGUGUUGACAUUUACUUUGAUGACCGUUGGGAAUGGACCAGUCUGGAUUCUGUGAAAUGCACCACGAGGCCCAGCACCUGCUUUAUGCUGGGCUGGUAGAAGCAGGCAGAAGGUCAUCCCAGUCCUAAAGCCACUCAGAAGGCUGCUGAGACUUGUGACCUAGAAAUACUGUAAGCCAGGCUGUUAUGCAGAGCCUGUUGCCUUUCCUCGCCGCGGUUUCACGUGGGUUUUCUCUCUCCUUUCUGUCUGACAGGCCUAGCCGCCCGUGACUCUCACACUGUCUCCUGCAUGACGGGUGGCGUCUCCCGCAGCUUCCCUUCUCUCUCCAGUGCUGCCCGCUGUGUCUAGCAGCCCCUAGGAUCUUGUCAGAGCUGCACCUCUCUGUGAACUGGCCAUUCCUUUCGGUGCUGCUGUCCUUUUUGGGGGGGUUCCUGAUUUCUGUAUACAUGUAGCUUUGCCAGAUAUGUACUUAGUAAUAUAAACUGUAUUAAUAAAAUCCAUUUACUGUGUAAUACACGAGUUUAAAAAUUAAGAGCGAUUAGCUGUUCACUUUGAUAACAGGUAGUUAAGUGUCACACAAGGUGUUGUUGCAAUGGCAUGACGGUGACCUGUUGACGUAACUAAGCCUUAGAGCAAGGCAUGUGCCGCACGUGCUCCGUGGUACUUAGAGCCCUGGGGGCCCCGCUCGGACUCCGGGUCUCCCUAGGAUAUGCCCCAGUAGCAUUUGCUGUGUAGUCUGUGUGUGAAAUUUGGGCAUUCUGCUUUUCUCUACUAAUCUUGAAGUGCUCAGUGAUUUGUGUAUUUGUGUCUUUCUAACUUCUAAUAAACUCACUCCGACUGA